GCGGCGGGCGCUGUCCUGGCGGUGAUGGCGGCCGGCGGCGAGGGGCGGUCCGGCACCGAGGGCAGCGGCGGCGGUGGCGGGGAGGGGGGCGCGGGGGGCGGUGGUGGCGGCGCGAUGCUGCUGAACGUGGGUCUGCUGGCGCUGGCGUUGCUGGCGGCCUACCGGCUGUACGCCCGCUGGGCCAGGCGGAGCGGGCCGGGGGCCGCCGGGCGGCCGAGCCAGGCCGCCGCGCUGCCGCGGAUGAAGCGGCGGGACUUCUCCCUGCAGCAGCUGCGCCACUUCGACGGCGCCCGCGACCCCCGCAUCCUCCUGGCCGUUAACGGCAAGGUCUUCGACGUGACCAAAGGCAGCAAGUUCUACGGGCCCGAGGGUCCAUACGGAAUAUUUGCUGGCAGAGAUGCCUCCAGGGGACUAGCAACUUUCUGUCUAGAUAAAGAUGCACUCAGAGAUGAAUAUGAUGACCUAUCGGACUUAAAUGCUGUACAAAUGGAAAGUGUAAGAGAGUGGGAAAUGCAAUUUAAAGAAAAAUACGACUACGUAGGUAGACUCCUAAAACCAGGGGAAGAACCAUCAGAAUACACAGAUGAGGAAGAUACCAAGGAUCACACUAAACAGGAAUGAACUUUGUAAACAACCAAAGUCAGGGGCCUUCGGAACUGCAACCUCUUAUUCCCCAUCACAGAAUGUCCUGCAUCUUUGGGUACAGUUCAUCUGCUGCGAAAAACAUUCAACAGGUUUUGUACAAGGAAAACAAUGUACUCACAAAUGAAGAUUUGAAUACUAGACAUUAUUUGUGCUGCCAACCGUUUUGUUGCAGUUUAUUUGUAAUGUCUGGUAAGGCUUCGUUAGUGAAGAGGGGCCAGGGAUUUAAAAGGCAAAAAUGCUAUUCCUUUUUAUCAGUAAGCUGAAGCCUUUUCAAAUAGCAUAUAUUACAAGCUCUCUAAAGACGCGAGUCUUCAAGCUCAGUGAAAGAUUUGAAACUUGUUUCAUGUGUGUCUUCUUCAGCAUUAAAGAAAGAUGUACUCAUGUGCAUCAGUAUCAGUAGGUUAGACUACUGAAACUGGUGUGAAAAUGUGAAUUUCCAAUUUUGUUUUGUAUGUGGGCGUUAGUAGCCCUGGCAGAAUACUUCUUCAGUUCUCUACGAGAAGUCCAUGUAGAUCAGGAUGGGGGUAAAAUUCAUCCUUUUCUCAAAAGGAUUGGGUAAAACUGUUUCCUCUGCAACAACUAUUAUCUGAAGCCUGCCCUCCCCACCUUCCUUUUUCCCAUUGUCUAAAUCAAAUCAAAUAUUAAUUGUGCCUUAUUUCGCUUACAUAGACUUGAAUUGUUUUAAGGGAAAGCCCCAAAUUGUGGUUUCAUAGUCACUACAAGCAGCAUUGAGACUGAAGUAAGAAAGUUCUGUUGACUGGAAAACCUUGAUGUCAUUCUGUGUAUAGAAUGUAAAAGAGGAAUACUCAGUGUUACUGCCAUAUGUUAAUACUACAUAUACUUAAAUUAGCAUUGUGAUGGCCAAAUGCAUACUCCCAUGCUUCUUUUUAAGUAAUUAAAAAAAAAAAAAAAGUCACCCUCCUCUUCCAGAAGCUGUCUAACUUUUGGGAGCAUAGCCUUCACACCCCAGUAGAGUGAAGGGGUGUGCGCGCGUGUGUAUGUGUGCGUGUCUGUCUGAAUGCAAGACUUGGGAGGGAUUGUUUCUGCAGAUAUUGUAAAUACGAGUACCAUUUUAAUAAAGCAUGUACAAUACCAAAUGUGCUGUCAGACUUUAUGUAGAAGCUCCUAAGCAGAGCUGGAAUAUGAUAGAAUACAAAGUAAGGGGAAGAAGUCUGGGAUGUGAAACAUUUGUUGCUAUUAAUGUUGUUCCUAGCUCUUGGGGUAUUAUUUUUCAAGUCCCAUCUUUUGGAGAGCCUGGAAGACUUACUCAGGUAAGCGCUAGUUGAAAGAAUAAACAUGCCAAUGCUGUUAUGUUAGAAAAAAAUGGAUUAUAAAUAAGGGAGAAGAAUUCUAGGAAAAAAGUGUAACAUACAGUAAGAGGACUGUGUCUCAUGUCACUUACAGGACCAGGAUGUUGGAGAUCAAUACAUGUGUAUCACUCAACAUCUUGUGGAAAUUUCACUGUCUGCUUUGCUAAAUCUGUAACUGUGACACCAUUAAGUUCGUGCCUUACAGCUUUAUGGCUUACGUCUGUACUUCCGCUUGCAGUUCUCACCUGUGAUAAGUCUACAGUAACAGAUUUCUAUCCAUCUAUUCUGUUGAAUUGUAAACUAAGAAAUUCCAGGAACUACUGCAUUUUUAUUACUGUUUGAAUGAGUUUUAUAUUGAUGUAAAUGAAACAAAAAUACACCAUUGAAUCACUUGUAAA